AUGCUCUUCGAUUGUGAUUGUAAGGAUGCUUUGGAGCGUUUAGGCGAUAGGCCUAAAAUAUUUAAAUUUAACUUUAUUCCAAAUGAUUAUCUUUGUUUUGGAGAAACACUUUGUAUAUUAUCUAGUGAUAGCGCAAUAAAUACUUUUAUUUUGAAGAGUUAUAUUGUGGAAUUAUUAGCUAGAAAUGACACUAAAGUGUUGUACCUAGAUACUUAUAUAAAUUUUACUUACUCCAGAUUCAAAAAUAUUUCAGAAUCCUUGGAUUUUGAUACCCAUAUUAAUUUUGAUAAAAUAAUAUAUAUACCUGUCCCAUCGCCAGCCCAAUUGUUGUUGAUAUUAGAUAUUUUAAGCGAUUAUUUGAGGGAAAACAGGGGAAUUCGUGUUAUUGCAGUUGAUCAAUUAAACUUUUGGUCGAAAAAUACGUUUAAAGGGAAGGAGUUUAACAAAACACUGAACCAAUGCUACAGGGAACUUAAAAAAUUGCAAUCGCAAUUUACUUUACUUUUGGUAUAUACAAAAACAUUGAAAAUAGGCAAAAAUGAUCUGCAAAAAAUCAUACAAUCACAUUACCAUGGGCUUGCAGAUGGAGUGGAUAAUAAAAAUACAGUCGUUUUAUUGACUGUACCGAUGGAAACUGAUUUUGAAGUGUUUACAUUUAGAUUCAAGCGAUCUUUCAAUUUACAUUUUAGAAGUUGCUAUGUAAAGCAGAUCUCAUGUUUUGACUCAUACAAUAACAAUGCGGAUUAUUGUUUUAUUGACAAAUUUUGUAAUGAUGCAAUUGAUUGUGAUGAAGAGGAUGGGAAUAGAUGUGAAUUGGAAAAGGUACAGCAGUGCAUUUUUGGCAGAAGCUGA